AUGGCAACAACGGCCGCCACCCCACAGUCCCAGAUGGAGGCAUUCCAUGCCGAGCUCGAUGCGCAGAAGCUGCUCCGUCUCCGGUUCCUGCUCCACAAGACGCAGCUGUACUCGACCUUCCUGGCCUCCAAGCUGGUAGCGCCGGUGGUGACAGCGAUGGGCGGCGCGGCGGCAGACGAGGCCAGGCCCCGGCCGGCGACAGAGACCAACCCCACGGCAGGUCCAGCCACAUCCAAGAAGCGGACCCGUGCCCAGCCCAAGCGCGCCAAGGGGCUGGGCGGCGUGUCCCGGGUAGAUUCUACAGGCAAGUUGGGCAAGACGGGCAAGUCGGGCGAGUCGUGCCAAUCGGGCGAGUCGAGCGAGUUGGGCGAGUCGAGCAGCUCAAAGUCGGUGGCUGCUGUCGGCGCUGCGCCGCGGCUGGCGCCUCCGCCGACCUUUCGUGGAUCGCUGCGUGGAUACCAGGAGCAGGGCCUGCACUGGCUGGUCUCGCUCUACGAGAACGGGCUCAACGGAAUCCUCGCCGACGAGAUGGGCCUGGGCAAGACGGUGCAGACCAUUGCGCUGCUGGCGCAUCUUGCGCACCACGGCGUGCCUGGACCGUUUCUGGUCGUCGUUCCGCUCUCGACCCUCUCCAACUGGAUGCGCGAGCUCGCCCAGUUUGCUCCGGGUCUCUCUGUCCUGCGUCACCACGGUGAGAAGGAGGAGCGGGCGGCGGCGUAUGCCAAGGCGCGGCGAAGCGGUGUUGAUGUAGUGGUCACGACCUACGAGAUUGCCAUGCGCGACGCCAAGAUCCUUACUCGGGCGCCGUGGAAGUACCUGGUGGUCGACGAGGGCCAUCGGCUCAAGAACAUGAACUGCCUCCUGCUGCGCAAGCUCAAGGCUUUCCCGGCCGCCAAUCGCCUGCUGCUCACCGGGACGCCGCUGCAGAACUCGCUCGCCGAGCUCUGGUCACUGCUCAACUUUCUGCUCCCGGCACUCUUUGACGACGUCGACGCCUUUGAGGAGUGGUUCAACCUCGAUCCCGAGGCUGGCCUCAACGAUGCCACCCGCGACGUGCUCGCCAAGCUCCACGCCAUCCUCGCUCCGUUCCUUCUCCGCCGCCUCAAGGCCGAGGUCGCCCUGGAACUGCCGGCCAAGUCUGAGGUCCUGGUGUACGCGCCGCUCUCGGCCGGCCAGGCUGAGCUGUAUGCGUCCAACGGUGACGCGCCGCGGCUCCGGGCGUUGCUGCAGGCUUCGGCCGCGAGCUCGCGGGCUGGCGAGCGCAAGAAGUUUACAUCGCUCAACAAUGCGUUCAUGCAGCUGCGCAAGGUGACGAACCACCCCUACCUCCUCGACUACCCGCUCACUCCCGACGGCCAGCUGCACAUCACCGAGGAGCUGGUGGCAGCAUCGGGCAAGAUGGUGGUCUUUGAUGCACUCAUGACCAAGAUGCUUGACAUUCUGCACGACUACUGCUGGCUCCGCGGCCACGAGUUCCGCCGUAUCGACGGCUCGGUCAAGCACGACGAGCGCGAUGCGGCCAUAGCCGACUUUAAUGCGCCCAACUCGCGAGUCCACCUGUUUCUCAUCUCGACCCGCGCCGGCGGCCUCGGCAUCAACCUCACCUCGGCCGACACGGUCAUCAUCUUUGACUCGGACCUCAACCCGCAGAUGGACCUCCAGGCUCAGGACCGUUGCCAUCGCAUUGGCCAAGACAAGCCGGUGAUCGUCUACCGCCUCUGCGCCGCAGACACUGUCGAGGCCACCAUCCUCGAGCGCGCCGCUCGCAAGCGCCGCCUCGAGCGCCUUGUCAUUGCCCAGGAGCGGUUCAAGGGCAUCCGCGCCCGCGCUGCCGGCCCUCGCACCAAUGGCGAGAACGGCGACGCAAGCAACACCCUGACCGCCACCGAGGAUGACACGAGCACCACGGCCACCAGUGCCGGAGACAGCGACGCCGAUGACGUCGAGAGCGAGAGCGGACCGCGGCUCGAGCACGAGACCCUUGCCGAUGCCAUCGCCGUCCUCGCGAACCGCGAGGCGGUCACGAGCCUGGAGGUUGGCAGCCACUCGGCGUACUUUCGGGUUGUCGACGACUAG